AUGAUUAAGGCAAGCGCGAUCUUGAAUAUGCCAGUGGUUGUCACUGAACAAUACCCCAAAGCAUUUGGCCCUACUGUAUCUGAAUUGGAUAUUUCGGAUGCAGCCGUGCGUCUUGAAAAGACUAAGUUCAGUAUGUAUUUGCCUGAGGUUGUUGAGGUUUUAAAGAAACAGAAAACCAAAUCUGUCCUAUUACUCGGUAUUGAGUCUCAUGUGUGUGUACUUCAAACUGCACUUGAACUUCUUGAAAAUGAUUACGAUGUUCAUGUUAUUGCCGACGGUGUUUCGUCCCAAAAUUAUCCUGAAAUUGACAUUGCCAUUGCACGUAUGAAAGCAGCCGGCGCUAUCAUUACCACUUCAGAAUCAGCACUCUUCCAAUUAUGUGAAGACGCUAAACAUGAGAAAUUCAAGCAGAUUAGUGGUUUGGUAAAAGAGUAUAUGGAAUCUAGCAAAGUAAACAAGCUUUUACAACGAGCAGCAGGUGCUAGCUUAUAA